UGAACUCCCGGACAGCACCAAGUAGAAGCUGCUGAUAUCUACAGAGCUGAACUGUGAGCAGCUCGUCAUGUUUGAGUCCAGAUAGGUUUAGACAUUUUCUUUACUGUAAUACAUUUAGAUUCUCAUGAUUUUCUCUGUUUAAUUGAACCUGACACAUGUUCUGACUGAAGUGGCUGAAUCCCAUGAAUUAAUCCCAUUAUGUUUUCGGUGUGUUGUCCGUUGUGUCUUCAGUGUGAAACCAAACCCCUGAGGAGAGAUGAGCCAGCUCUGCUAUAUGUCAGGCUGAUUCAACUAAAACUCUGAACAGGGAGGUUUUCUGAGGUGGGAAGAUGGAGAACGUCUCCUCACACAAACACUUCAUCCUCGAUGGUUUCAGUGACCUCGGAGCACUGAGGCCCGUCCUCUUCAUCCCCUUCUUCAUCAUGUUCAUUGUGUCACUGUCGGCCAACUCCCUGCUGCUGUACGUUGUCAUUUCACAGAGGAGCCUCCACUCUCCAAUGUGCAUCCUCAUGGCCGGGAUGGCGGUUGUGGACUUGAGCCUCCCGCUGUUCUUUGUCCCCAACAUGCUGCUGAGCUUCUUAUUUGGCUGGAGGGGAAUCUCUCUGACUGGCUGCCUGGUUCAGAUGCAUUUCAUUCACUUUGCAGGAACUUUUCAGUCCACGUUUCUUGUAUGGAUGGCACUGGACCGCUACUUUGCCAUCUGCACACCACUCUACUACCAUGAGCACAUGGCUUUACCCAAAUUCCUCAACUUUAUAAUCCCAUUUGUGGUCAGAAAUGUCCUCCUGGUUACACUGUUUGUGAGUCUGGCUGGAACUUUGUCAUUCUGUGCUGGAAAUGUGAUGAACCACUGUUUCUGUGAGCACAUGGCCUUGGUGGAGCUGGCCUGUGGAAGUACAGCCAUCAACAACCUGGUGGGGUUACUGACAGUUUUCUUAAUCCCAGUUGCAGACUUUAUCUUUAUUGCUGCUUCCUAUGUGGUGAUAUUCAGCUCUGUGCUCAAGUCUGGCAGGUCAGGGGUCAAAGCACUUCACACCUGCAUCACCCAUAUCAUGGUCAUCACUGUCAGCUUGACUAUUGCACUUGUUGCUUUCCUGUCGUACCGGAUCAGUAACGGUCUUCCUGCAGCCAUUCGGGUUUUCACCAGCACCAUGUAUCUGCUGUUCCCGAGCUGUUUCAACCCGAUCAUUUAUGGUAUCAGAACCACCGAGAUCCGACAGCACAUCCUGAAGACACUGACCUGUUGGUUCCCAGUUCUUAGGAGAACAUUAUAAAGUAUCUAUGUUCUAUGAAACCUCAUCUACAGCAGGACAAGAAAGAAGCCAUUGAGAAGUUCAUGGCAGCACUAAUAUUCAAAACUCCAGCAUU